CUGAGACCGAAGAAACAAAGACAACAGUGAAGAUGGUGGCUGCGUGGUACAUGGACGAUGCUGACACUGACCAGCGCCUCCCACACAAGACCGACCCGGUCAAGGAGGUGUCGGUGGAAGACUUGAAGGACCUUGGCGUGCUCUACUGGAACAUCCCAGUGGAGAAGCACGAGGAUGAACUGGCCAAGGUGUGCAAGGAGCGCAACUAUGCCAACCAAGACGUGAUCACCUGCUCCAAGGAGAAGCUGCCCAACUAUGAGGAGAAGAUCAAGUCCUUUUUCCAAGAACACCUUCACGAGGAUGAGGAGAUCCGGUACAUUGUUGAUGGCAGCGGAUAUUUUGACGUUCGCGACCGCGACGACAAGUGGAUUCGUAUUGAGGUCACGGCCGGAGACCUUCUCGUGCUGCCUGCCGGCAUCUACCACCGCUUCACUCUUGACGAGAAGAACUUCAUUCAGGCGAAGCGGCUGUUCAAGGAUGAGCCAAAAUGGACGCCCAUCAACCGGCCCGCAGACGACAACCAGCACCGCGUGCAGUACCUCACCUCGCUUGAGAAGGAGAGCAAGCGCGCAAGGGUGGCAACCGCUUAAACACUCAACCACAAACAAACAUCGACACGCAAGCACGUGGUUCUGCACAUAGUUUCUGUAACACAAACACACAGAGCCAGACAUGCAAACACAUAAUUCCACCCCCUCCUUCGUAGACGUGCGCACGUACUCAAAUAGCCGUUUAUUGAAUGUAACACGCACGAAGCUUGUGCUCGGCGAGCAUCCGUCGCCAUACACACUUAGCAACGUUCAUCAAC